CGGAUGUUCCCUCAUUAGCCCCGAAGUCUUUUUCGAAUUCGGAAUCGGCGUGCUGUCAAAUCGCUUGUUGUUAUUCUUCAUCAGAGCAACACCUGAUGAGGACUGCAUAGUGCGUCUAUGUAUUGUGUGUGUGUGUGUGCUUCACUGUUUUACCUUCUCUUCAGACUUUUUCACCAUACUUUUUAAAACACUUAAUUCACAGAUGUUGUCACGCCGUUGUUGUCCAAUCAUAAUGUUCUUAGUAGAUUAGAAGAUAAAGAGACUUUGCAAUAGUACAGCAGUCACAUCGCCGGUGGUGCGGUUGCUGCACCACGGCGGUAGUGCGACCACCCGCCACUUUUGGCACAUUUUGAAAAAAAAAAAAAAAAUACAUGACUUUCAAAUAAAUGUAAAUGUAAGAAUCAAGCAUUAAAAACAUUUUGGACCAACGUAAGAGACAAUCGAUCAGUAAAAGAAUUAAAAGCAGAACGAUACCAUCAUUUUUAUGGUACCGGUGAAAUAAAAGAGGGAAAAAUUGAUUGCCAGGUUUUAAAAUGCACUUCCUUGUUGAAAGGACAAUGGAGGAUGCGAACCUGUACUCAUAGAAUUGAAGACUUUCAAAACCCCUCAAACAAAAUGCAACAAGGCUGUUGUGACAUGUACGGACUGAGCGUCGAAAAGUCUAUUGUCAUGAGAAUGAGCUCCGACUUGAUGGAGCCCAUAGAGCUUAUCCAUCACCAAAGCGAUAGAGUCUCUCCGCCGCUUGAAAGUGCUCAUAACAACUGCUCGGGUGACGAAGAUGGCAACAGCAGCAGCGAACACAACCAAAAUCGGAGUCCCCCCAUCAGCAGCAGCUGCGAGAACAGCACGAUGGAAGAGCCGGGAUUUAACAAGACGGCCAAGAAAAGACGCAAGCAGAGCAAUCCUAUCCGUUAUCAAAACGUAACCACGCCUGUAAUGCCGAUGCUUGAGAGUGAGGUCGUCGCUGACGAAGAACCUGAGCAGGAGGAGGAUCAAGUGCUUGAUCUGCAAAUGAGUAAACUGGAAGCUAAGUUUGAAGGACUGCAGUGUCACCACUGUAGCGGUUCCUUUGAGAAUGAAGACCUCCUUAGAGUGCACGUCGAAGAAGAACAUGUCCAGAAAGUACUGGAAAGGCAGCUCCAGCAGCAAUCCUACAACAAAUCUACCUCAAACACUAGAGAAGGAAGCAGCGAUCCAGCCAAAGAAAAUUCAUCAAAACUUCCUAACAGUGACAUGAAUUUGCAGCAGCAAAUUAUACCAGUUGAUCAAAGCAGAAGUAGUCCGAUGGAUGGCGUCAUACCAGAAAGUAGGGAAUACAAAAAUCCACAUUUUCCCUUUCCACCGAUUCCACCUUUCAUUCCAUUUUCAAGAAGUGAUGACUCAAAAUCCGGAAACAUCCCAGUACCACUCUCUAUGUUCCCGAAUCCAAUGACACCUUUUCUUUUUCCAGUCAUUCCUCAAGGACAAACCCCGCCCGUUUCCAAUGGUAAUUCACAUUCCAGUCAAGGGGUCCGAAUUUUCAACCUGGAAGCAUACUGUGAACUUUGCAACAAAGAAUUUUGCAACAAAUAUUUCUUAAAAACCCAUAAAGCAAAUAAGCAUGGCAUUUACUCUGUAGAAUCAAUAGUAAGCUCCCCAUAUGGUGGGCCUUUUCUCUCACCCAGCAUGAACAGUCCGAUUCCUCUUCCUCACUUAUUGCAAACUCCUACAUCCGAAUCACUUCCUUCACGAACGGGUCUUGUAAAUAUAGAAUCAUACUGUGAAAUCUGUCAAAAAGAAUUUUGCAACAAAUAUUUCCUUAAAAAACAUAGACAAAAGAUUCAUGGAAUAAUCGAACCUGGACAGAAUAUCUCCCCGAGCACUACUCCUUCCCAAGACACAAAAAGCAAUUCACCCGUGAUGACAACGUCAGCUCUUUCUUUAACUUCAGCCCCCAGUUUUUCUGAAAAGAGUCAGGAAGAAAACAAGGAUUCAAUGGCUGCAAAACUGGAAUUUCCUUCUUUAUUUAACAUUCAGAAUCAUAAAACGAGUACUCCUACAAUAUCCACUGCUGUGACUAUUCCUAUUUCAACCUCUACUUCAUGUCCACCAGUUAGUUCUGGUGCAAUGCAGCCGAGUCUUCAAUCCCCAGGACAUCAAGGGUCUUCGAAUGAAAACUCUGUGUCUCAUGUUUUCACACCAGAGAAGCUGAGAGAAAUGGGAGUGAUCAAUGCUGAUGCAUUUUGUGAGUUAUGUUGCAAAGAGUUUUGCAACAAGUAUUUUCUUCGAACCCACAAAUUGAAUAAGCAUGGAAUCAAUAUGCCAGAUAUUUCUCCCGGUAAACCUCCAGGGCCCGGACAACUAUCUAGUCACAGUCAGGGAAGUCUAUCAAAUGAAAAAGGAGAAGUGAAUUUUGAUGAAAACCGUUUCGCUGAUGAUUUAUUACAGGAAUCUCACUCCAGUCUCACUUUUGAAGGACUUAGUGGUGAGUUGUCUUGUGACUUCUGUAAUAGACCAUUUUCUAGUCUUUAUCUGCUAAAAAUGCACAAGUUUUACUCUCACAACAUUCCUUACAUCAAAGAAGAAAGCAAAUCUAAGCCGAACUCCCCAACUUCAGAAAAUAUUAACCAGGAAAAUAAAGAAAAUGAAUUUAUAAAGCCUCAUUUACCUCUUCCUUUACCUUCAUUACUUCCAGAAAAUACGCCUACCGCAUUACAAGAAGAUGCAGCUAGUCAAGACCUGCAAAAACUUCAAAGCAUGAUACGUGAAUUGAAUGCUUCAGCUGGUAAUGAAAGUAACAAGAUUAUAUGCAAUUUGUGUAGGCUCGAAUUCGACAACAAAUACUUCUUGAGAGCUCAUAUGAUGAACGAACACGGUGUUCUUCCAAAUGAGGAUGGUCAUGUUCCUGGACAUAAUCAUACAGAUUUUACUCUACAGUCAAAACUCUCAGAUUGCUCAUCAGAUUAUCAAAGGUUAAACUAUACAAACGCGUCUUCAACUGUUGAUUCUGAGGCAUAUUGUGAAAUUUGUCAAAAAGAAUUUUGCAGCAAAUACUUCCUGAAAACACACAAGCAAAAUAUACAUGGACUUCCAGUGGAUAUGAGUUCUACUCCUAAGAAAUCCCUUUCGGAUGAGGUAUGUCAGAUAAAAACGAUAGUUAACAAUACAAUAUCGACAGCUCUUGUACCACUUUCCUCUAACGGACCCUUAACUCCCAAUUCUAAUACUAUUACAGCUUCCAACAUUUCAACAUGUCAGCCUCCAAUUCUUUCUCCAUUCUCCUCUAUUAGUUCACACAUUCCUGUUAUAACGUCAAAUAAUUCAGUGGUAGCACUUCAAAGUCAAGUUUCUAGUCCUUCUACUCCUUUACUUGCAUCACAGCCUUCUACAACAGCUAUACCGAACUCACCUGGAAGCACUGCUCUUACAUCUAUUGCUUCGCUUUCUCAAAGUCUUACUCCUACCUCAAAUGCUGUUCAUUCUACGAGUGUUAACCAGUUACCAAGCAAUCUAUCUAUUCCCAAGAUUUCCCCUUUGCCAAAUAUUAGCCACAGUCUUUCUUUGCCUAUUACAACCAACAACACAUCUUCAUCUCUUAAUAGCAUUGCUCAGAUUGCUUCUGCUCACCAAGCACAUUUGCCAAGUCUCCAUCAUAGCAACGUAAUAUCUUCGCUAGGAGAUAAGCCACGGAACUUAACUGGACGAAAUUACUGCAACAUUUGCAAUAAAGAGUUAUGCAACAAGUACUUCAUGAAAACGCACAUGCUUAAAAUGCAUGGAAUCAAUCUUGACAGCCAGCCCCAUGAAGCAGCACGAAUAAGUACUAUAGGAGGAGUCCAAUGUGAUAUAUGCCAAAAAGAAUUAUGUAGUAAAUAUUUCUUGAAAGUUCAUAAGCAGAACACUCAUGGAAUUUUCGAGGAAGGUUCCCAAGUAAAAGAUCCCAGAGAACAUUCCCCUUUCAUGGAAAAAGAACAAUCACCACAAGGUCUAGAUCUAAGUGAUCCAAGCGGCAGAUACUUCAGCCAUUAUCCAGAAAUUUGCCCCGUUUGCAACUGCCGCUUUAAAAGCAUCAAGUGGCUAAAAGCCCACAUGAUAAGCGAUCAUGGCAACAUACUUAAGGAAAAUUUUCCUCACAAUGCUCUUCCUUUAACACCGGAAAACAACAAUUCCCCAGCUGAUAGCAACUGCUUGUGUGUUUUGUGCGGGCAAGGAUUUCCCGACAAAGUUGCCCUACAUGUCCACCUGAUCAAGGAUCAUCAUUCGCCCUCCGAAGAACUGGGAGUCGUCGCCAACAACUCAGGGAUAAAAACGUCAACGGCGGACAGCACCCAAUCUUCCACGGCUUUGAUGGUCCCGGAACAAGUGGCUCGAGUCAACGGCACGACCUCACCCGGCAAUGGGCCCAGUGGCAAUACCCCGCCAAGAGUAUCUACACACCCGAAGCCCCAUGGCGGCGGUGGCAGUCGUAUCUAUCACUGCUCCUUUUGCGUUUACUCCACGCGCUGGCUAUCCAAUCUGUACGCACACGAGAAGCGGCAUACCGGAGUGAACACCGAAGGUGAGAAGAAGUUCGUCUGUCGGGUCUGCCAUAGGGCGUAUCGAUACAACCACUCCUUACAGCGUCAUUUUCUCAGCCACCGGGCCGCGGGACUCAACAUCAAAGACAUGUCUCAGCCCCUCAUCGUGAGUUCGCAGUUGGCUCCUUCGCUCGGCAACAGGCCGUGGCAUUUCCACCGCAAAGUACACGAGGUCGGCAACCUCAGUGGCAAAGCCGGAGGAGGCAACAAAAUCAAACGCUACCGUUGCAGCAAGUGUAACAAGAAGUUCCGCAGCCGGGAAUUGUGUCUGGCUCACAUUCAUGCUUCACACGGUAAGCGGGCCGGCUCGACGUCCCAGAAGGGCGUCAGGCCAUUCCGGUGCCGUUUCUGUGGCUUUCUGACCAGAGCCUGGAAUGUGCUUCGAAUACAUAUCAACCGGCAGCACCACGGCGAGCUCCUCAAACAGCACCAACAGUCCUUCGACGAGAACAGCCUUCCCGAAGAAGAAGAGGAGAAGGAGGUAGAGCCUGCCACCACCUCGACCAACAACCAGGCGGAUCCUGCUUCUCCAGAAUCUCCUACGAGGGAAGGAAUCGCCGAGGGAUUUCCGGUCGGUCUGCCUCCGCCGCCCCCAAACAGCCCCCACCUGCCGAUGACUUUUGCCAUGCCUCAGAAUCCCCCAACUGCUGGUUCCUUCAUCAUGCAGCCCUUUCUCCUUGCCCAGCCGGAAUGCGAUGGAGUCACCCGCAACGGCACCUUCGUGCCGUCUCUAGUCUACCUCCCAGUGUGCCAGAAAGUCUCUCAGCCUAUGACUGUGGCUUUCACGCUGACUCCCGCAUGAAGGCUUCCAAGAGGAUGACGCCUAUUGUAAAGAGUAAUAACAAUUUCUGUAUGGAGGUUCGCGCCUCAUCGAGGCUUAGCUUCGCUGUAAUAUAUUUUCUGUGAGAACGAAGUUCAGGUCCCGAUGAGCCCCGCGGGCCA